AUGGCUGUGAAGCGAGAGGUUUGUGCUGAAAUUGCUGGCAAUGCAGAGGAGGAGCUGGUCUGUACCAGAACAACUGGAGAGGUUACUAAAAUUGAGAGCAGACAGCUCCGCCUGGUCAAUGGGGACAGUCGCUGUGCAGGGAGAGUCGAGAUCUAUCACCAGAAUGAAUGGGGCACCAUUUGUAGUGACCGCUGGGACAUGAAGGAUGCCCAGGUGGUGUGCAGACAGCUCGACUGUGGACAAGCCCUCGCAGUCAUGCCAUGGGCUCAGUUUGGUGCGGGAUCAGGCCCUAUCUGGCUGGACGACCUGGGAUGCACAGGAACGGAGUCUCAUGUGUGGGAAUGUCCAUCCCCUGGCUGGGGGCAGCACGACUGCUAUCACUACCAUGACGCAGGAGUCAUCUGCUCAGGAUUUAUGCAUCUGGUUGGAGGGCAUGGACCCUGCUCGGGGCAAGUGGAAGUGAAUUCAGGAGAGGACUGGACUCCAGUGUCUCAUGUCAAUUUUACACUCCUCACUGCCCAGGUCAUCUGUGCAGAGCUGGGGUGCGGCAAAGUUGCAUCUGUCCUGGGGGAAGUGCCCUUGAGUGAUGCCAAUAGAAAGGUCUGGAAUGAGGAAUUCCAGUGUAAGGGAGAGGAAGCUGAGCUCUGGCUCUGUCCCAGAGUGUCCUGUCCCAGAGACACUUGUCCCCACAGUAAAACUGUACACAUUGUCUGUUCAGAAUACACAGAAGUCCGGCUCAUUAAAAAUGGCAACGCCCAGUGUGAGGGACAAGUGGAGAUGAAUAUUUCUGGAGUCUGGAGGCCACUCUGUGCCUCCCACUGGAGCAUGGCCAAUGCCAAUGUCGUCUGUCAUCAACUGAAGUGUGGAGUCGCAGUCUCCACCCCACGAGCAUCCUCUCAGGAAGGAAGGGAGCAGAUCUUGAAGCACAGAUUUCACUGCUCAGGACUCGAGUCGUUUUUGUGGAAUUGCCCUGUGACUGUCCUGGGGCUUCCUGAGUGUGCCCAGGGAAACACGGCCUCUGUGAUCUGCUCAGGAAAGAAACCCAAGAGCUGCCCGACCACUACUCCGUGCACAGACAGAGAGAAGCUCCGCCUCAGGGGAGGAGACACCCAGUGCUCAGGAAGAGUGGAGAUCUGGCACAGUGGCUCCUGGGGCACCGUGUGUGAUGACUCCUGGAGCCUGGCAGAGGCCCAGGUGGUGUGUCAGCAGCUGGGCUGUGGCUCUGCCCUGGAAGCUCUGCACGGGGCUGCCUUUGGUCCAGGAAAUGGGAGCAUCUGGCUGGAUAAUGUGCAGUGCAGGGGCAGGGAGUCCUCCCUGUGGGCCUGUGCAGCUCAGCCCUGGGGGCCUAGUAACUGCAAGCAUGAAGAGGAUGCUGGAGUGAGGUGCUCAGGAGAGAGGACAGCAUCUCCUUCCACCACUAAAGGCAACAUUGCACCCUCCCCCCGGGACUCUGGCAUCUUCUCCCUGCCUUGGGUCCUCUGUGUCAUCCUAGGGGCUCUUCUCUUCCUGGUCUUCAUCAUCCUGGGAACGCAGCUGCACAGACGGAGAGCAGAGCACCGAGACUCACACGCGUUUGAAGAUGCUCUUGAGGAGGCCUUGUAUGAGGACAUUGACUACCUUGUCAACCCAGAAAAGGGGAAGCUUUUGGAGCUCUCAGAAAACAUGUCUGAUGACUCAAUGACUAAGCUGCCAUACUACACUGGGGACAAUGAGGAGGAAGAAGAUCCUGAAUCUGCUCCAGAACCUCCAGGAAGCCCUGCUGAUGCCUCUGAAAAUGGUUAUGAUGACACUGACGAGGUGCCUUUUCCUGAAACUUCUCCUACCCCAGCAAUGAGUGACAAACAAUUUCUCCCGGAGGAAAGAGUUUAUGCUAGGUAUUCCCAGGCAGGUGACUCUCUGGAGUCUCCUAGCAAAGCUGCUUACCCCCAAGUGGACGGGAAAGCUUCCUCAGUGGUCCACGGGCAAGGGGAAGACCUUGGAUACGAUGAUGUUGAGCUUAGCACCAUGUAG